AAAUACCUCCUUAAAUUCCUCACCAUAAACCCUCUCUUUCAUUAAUUCCAAAAAAACAAACAAACAACCGAACAAAGUACGAUGAUGUAUGCGACAAACAACAACAAUCGGUGGAUGAUAAAUUCAAACUCAACAUGGACAAGAUUUGAAGACAAAUUAUUCGAACAAGCACUAGUUAUGUACGGUGAAAACGAUGUUGAACGUUGGCAUAAAAUAGCUAAUCAAGUACCUGGUAAAUCAGCUGAAGAUGUUAUUGCUCAUUAUGAGGCACUUGUACAUGAUGUUUUUGAAAUUGAUUCUGGUAGAGUUGAACCACCUACUUAUCCUGAUGAUUCUUUUGAUUGGGAAUCAUCUGAUAAUAAUACUAAAUCCAGUCAGAUCUCUUUUGGUUCCAAUAAAAAACAUGAAGUUGAGAGGAAAAAAGGUACCCCUUGGACUGAAGAAGAACACAGGUUAUUCCUUAUUGGGCUGGACAAAUACGGGAAGGGUGACUGGAGAAGCAUUUCAAGGAAUGUUGUGGUGACGCGGACUCCAACACAGGUGGCCAGUCAUGCUCAAAAAUACUACCUUAGACAGCAGUCAAUGAAGAAAGAACGGAAAAGGUCGAGCAUACAUGACAUUACCACCGCAGUGGAUACGAACAUGGUUCCUCCUCAAAACAGUCUUCAGAAUCAAGGAGGGUAUCAGAAUUUCAACUUCCACAUGUAGACAUGAAGAGUAGGAAUAUCUGUAAAUAGUAUGGUCAUUUGGAGUAGAUGUUCCAAUUUGUAAAGUUUAUUGUUUCUAGUUGAUAGUUGAUUUAGGGGAUUUCCUAGUGAAUAGAAGCUUAGUCGAUAGUUUAAGUUACUGCUAUGAGCUAAAUGGGUGUACUUAAUGGAUGGCAUAUUUUAACAACACAUGGAGGUUUACAUGUAAAUAAACAUAGUUAAGGGAAACCACUGGCAUUUUGGUUCCAAACAAGUGAUGUUAAGUUUGUGCCUUAUAUCUUGAUUUGGUCAGUGAUAAAGAGUCUUAAAGGUGCAAUUAUGUUAUUUAUCCUUUUUCUGCUAGGAUAUUGCACAAAGCGGGGAAAUUGUUCCAGAUGCAGUGAUUUUAUGACUUAGUAAUUAUCAGAAACAUCUGGUGUUAUUUUUCUCUUGGUGGCAGAAUAGAGACUUUUGGCAGAAAGUUUGUGCUGUAUGCUGCUAGAUUUGUUGCUUGGCCAUCCUCAUUUUUUUACGAAUGAGAUCUAAUCUUGAUUUAGUGCUCCAAAUUUGUUUUCUUAAAGAUGCAGCUGGUUGUUUCAUGUUUUUUUUUUUUUUCCUAAACUUUCCUUUUGACAUUUGAGUUUACUUUUUUCCACUUGUGUUUGGUGUGGCCUUGUUGUUCUGGAGGAAGCUAUCAACCAAGCUUUGAACUUGAUGAUCCAAAGGCCAUCGUCGCUCACAGAACGAACAGUGAGUUACCUUGCACCAUUUAACUGGCACUAUCUAUAGGUAGUUCUGUAUUUGCUUUGUAGAUUCGUGUAAAUUAGUAUUGUUUUGUAUUAUUCAUGAAACAUACAGUAAUUGUUACUAAAUCAAGUAUAUCUGUUCUACGCUGACGUUUUGAACAUAUAGAAUACAUCCCCUUUUGCUCAUCAGUAUACCAAACCAGUGCCCAUUGUAGUGGUUGGUGAUGUCUUUUAUUUCUCAUCAAGUUGAUAGUGCCUUUGUAGGUUUGAGGAGUAACUUUGAGUUUAUUAUUUGACAACUGUGCAGCACUGUACUGAGUACUCAUGCAAAAAAAAUAUUGAAGUAUGAACAACCAAAAAAUGUGGAUCAUAAAAAAUGGAGAGCACAUGAAUAGAGUGUUCCAUUAUUUCAUUACCAAUUUGAAUUCAUCAAUUUCAGGACCAGAAACUGUACUUUCGAUAUGCAUGCUUUUGUUAUUUGCAGCAAGCAUGCACUGCUCUUUCAGUAGAUCAAUAAAAUAUCAUUACCUAACAAUUGAGUUGAUAUUCUAUAUCUUUGUCUGUCCCAUAGUUUAACACCAUUUCCUUGAUCUCUAUGUUGUCCAGUGUUCGCAAACUAAUGACCUCUUCAAGGUGAACAUUAUAAUGCAUUUUUAUGCUUUACUCAAGAGUUACCGCAACUUUAAUCACAUAGAUGGGUUGUUUUCACUCCUUUUUUUGUUUCCCACUUGUGUCAGGUACCCAUGUUGGGGUCCGACUAAUCCGGAUUCAUGCUAGAUUUUAGUGAUAAUAGAUGGUCAGUAAGUUAUGUCUACAACUCCACCCAUAACAUUUUGGAGUGUGGCAAUUGCUGCUGAUGCUAGUGAAAGCAUGAGUGUUAUGUUUUUUGCUUUUAAAAUUGGUUCGUCAAACCUGAAACACUGGUAGGAAAUGGAAAGACUUUGACUGGCACAAAGGGUCUUUUAGAGACACAUCUAUGUAAAUUGUUUUGACUUAGUGGAUUUAACAUGUUAUAUAUCUGUCCGUUUAUUGCCUGA